AUGACCAGGAACAGAGAUCUGGCUCCGUGCCUGCUCCUGGGAGCCAGCUCGCCACCUCUCUGUGAGAGCUCAGUCCCCGUCCCAAGCAGCUGCUGCCUUUCAGGGUCCUCGCCGGUUGCACUGGAUGAAAACUGUGGGAUAGGAAAAAGAACUUGGCGAUCACACUCUGAGAAAGGAACGGUAGCUGCUGAAGUCAGAAAACAAGUUUCCAGAGACUAUGGAUCACCUCAGAUGUCCAAGAAACGAGGAGGUGCACAUCACCCUUUGCCCCUGACGGAGGUGGUUGAGCCUGUGGAUUUUGAGGAGUAUGUAAGCAGCCAUGCUCCUGGGGUGGAGCCCGGCCCUCUUAGACAACUAAUGGAGUUCCCCCCGGAUGACCUGGAACUCUUGCCGCUGAAAAAGGAGUGCACUACUCUGGAGCCCCCUAUGCCGGAGGAGGAUGAGGACUCAUUGGAUCCCAGAGUCAGGGACGCCUUGGCCGUCUACACGGAUGAAUGGCUUGUCAUUCAAAGGAAAUACCAGCACUACAGCACCACAUACACCCCUCACAACUCGGAGCGACAGAGGGAGAGGCAGCGGGGGCUGGUCAAACAGACCUUUGAACUGGAUGAGGCUGCUGCUGCCGAGCGCCAGGAAGACCAGGAUGACGCAAAGCGGCGGUCAAUAGGCCUGGAUGAGACCCCUCGGGGCAGUUGGGCCUCCAGCAUCUUUGACCUGAAGAACUCCUCCCCAGAUGCUCUGCUCCCAUCUGUGUUGGAGCGCACAGCUGCAGAGGACAUGGACCGCCGCAACACUGAGGCCCGGCGCCACGGGCGCCACACCGACCUGCUCGGCCUGUACGCCCCCCCCGACGAGGAUGAAGCAGUGGAGAGAUGCUCUGUGCCUGAAGUCCCCAAGGAACAUUGUGGCCAGAGGAUCAUGGUCAAGUGUCUGUCUCUGAAGUUUGAAAUUGAAAUUGAGCCAAUAUUUGGAUCUCUUGCCCUUUAUGACGUGAAGGAAAAGAAAAAGAUUUCUGAGAAUUUUUACUUUGACCUGAACACGGAUCAGAUGAAAGGGCUACUCAAGCCUCAUACCCCUCACGCUGCUAUAUCCACUCUGGCCCGUACUGCCAUUUUCUCCAUCACAUACCCCUCUGCUGACAUCUUCUUGGUCAUUAAGCUGGAAAAAGUCCUUCAGCAAGGAGAUAUUGGAGAAUGCUGUGAGCCCUACAUGGUCAUGAAAGAAUCAGAUUCUUCCAAGCACAAGGAAAAGCUGGAGAAGCUACGUCUGCAGGCAGAGCAGUCCUGCAGUCGUCUGGGCCGUUUUCGCAUGCCUUUUGCCUGGACGGCCAUACACCUCCUCAACAUCGUCAGCGUUGUGGGGGGUCUAGAUCGGUCUGACCCAGACUCUGACUCUGAGCGAAAAGGCCACGGGACCUGGAAUGAGAGGAAGAAAAAGGGUAUCGAGAGAAUGAGUGUUGGGGACGAGACGUGUAACUUUGCCACUUUCCGCCCAGCAACACUUACCGUCACUAACUUCUUCAAACAGGAGGGGGAUCGUCUGACUGAUGAAGAUCUCUACAAGUUUCUGGCUGACAUGCACAGGCCAUCCACCAUUCUUCGACGACUCAGGCCCGUCACAGCUCAGCUGAAGAUUGACAUCUCCCCAGCGCCAGACUCGCCUCAUUACUGUCUGUCACCGGAGCUGCUUCACGUGAAGCCCUAUCCAGACCCCCGUGCUCGUCCUACCAAAGAGGUGCUGGAGUUCCCCGCCCGUCACGUAUACACGCCGCACACCACGUACAGGAACUUGCUGUACGUUUACCCACAAAACCUCAACUUCAGCAGUCGUCAGGGGUCAGUGAGGAAUAUCACCGUGAAGGUUCAGUUCAUGGCAGGAGAGGACCCCGGCCAAGCUUUACCGGUCAUCUUUGGAAAGUCGAGCUGUUCCGAGUUCAUUAAAGAGGCGUAUACUCCUGUCAUCUACCAUAACAAGUCCCCUGAGUUCUACGAGGAGAUGAAGAUGAAGAUUCCUGCCAAUCUGACAGACAACCACCAUUUGCUGUUCACCUUCUAUCACAUCAGCUGCCAGACCAAACAGAACACCCCGCUGGAGACCCCCGUGGGCUACACUUGGAUACCUUUGAUGCAACACGGCCGACUACGCACCGGCUCCUUCAGCCUCCCGGUGUCUGUGGAAAAGCCUCCACCCAGCUACUCUGUUCUCACGCCUGACGUUCAGCUCCCAGGCAUGAAGUGGGUGGAUAAUCACAAAGGAGUGUUCAAUGUUGAGGUGACGGCAGCCUCCUCGGUUCACACUCAGGACCCCCACCUGGAUAAGUUCUUCACUCUGGUGUAUGUCCUGGAAGAGUACUCCUUCCCCUUCCGACUUAAGGAUGUCAUCAUAACUGAGGCCAACAUGGAGGGGGAGCUGAAGGCCAGCAUGGCGGCACUGAGAGGUGCACUGCUCGACACCUGUGUCCGGUUUCUGCAUCAGCUGCUCAACAAACUCAUUCAGCUCAUCGUAUUUCCCCCUGUUAUUGGUGGCCAAAUAGUUAAUCUUGGUCGGACUGCUUUUGAAGCAAUGGCUUUGUUGGUCAAUCAGAUCCACAAAAACCUGGAGGGUAACCAAGACCAGCAUGGCCGCAACAGCUUGCUGGCAUCUUACAUUCAUUACUGUUUCCGCCUGCCCACUGCUGAACCUGCAGUGCCUCCAACAGGGCCCCAGUCCUAUGAAUUGCCCAUGCAGUAUGCUACCUUGUCCAGGGCAACAGCCCGCCCAAGCAGUUUGCUCCUGUCCCGCUCGAAGAGUAUUAGCAACUCCAACCCCGACCUGGCCAGCACACCAGUUUCCCCUGACGAGGAGGUCCAGAGGAUUAUAGGAACCAAGGGCAUUGACCGCUCCCACUCCUGGGUAAACUCUGCUUAUGCCCCUGGGGGCUCCAGAUCAGUGCUACGCCGGAACCCAAACUCCAGCUGUGAGCUCAAGCAGGCAAGCGACUACAGCUGCAAUCGCAUGUCUUCCUAUCUGGACAGCGUGGCCUUGUUUUCAGUUCCCACAAGGCAGAUUGCUAAGAAGUUGCUCCAUGAGGAGCUGGCCUUGCAGUGGGUUGUCAGUACCAGCGCGGUGAGGGAGGCAGCACUGCAGCAGGCCUGGUUUUUCUUCCAGCUCAUGACUAAGAGCAUGGCUCAUCACUUGUUCCUGACCUCCAAACUGGACGUCCCCAGGCGUCAGCGUUUCCCAGACCGCUUUGUGGAUGACAUUGCUGCGCUUGUGUGUGCCAUCGGGGCUGACAUUUCCAGCCGAUAUCAUAAGGAUGUGGAGCUUGUGGAGAGAUUGAACAGCAGCCUGGCCUUCUUCCUGAACGACCUGCUGUCUCUCAUGGACCGGGGCUUUGUGUUCAGCCUCAUUCGCUCCUACUACAAACAGAUUGGCAACAAGCUCCACACGACACAAAACCCCAGCUCGCUGAACGCCCUGAGGAUGGACUUCACCCGUAUUGUCUGCAGCCAUGAGCAUUAUGUCAUCCUCAACUUGCCCUGUUCAACUCUGAGCCCUCCAGCCUCUCCUUCUCCUUCUACCUCAUCCACCACCUCACAGGGUUCAGCUUUUUCUAGCAUGGUGCAGGACCAAGGAGUGGCCACCAUGUUUGAGCUGUCUGUCCCUUUUCGCCAUCAGCACUUCCUGUCAGGCCUGCUGCUGACUGAGCUCUCUCUGCUUCUCGAUCCUGAUGGUGAAGGGGUUUUCUUCCUCCAUAAGAAAGCCAUCAGUGCUGUUCAUUCCCUGCUGUGCAGCCACGAUGCAGACUCUCGUUACAAGGACCCUCAGGUCAGAGCGCACAUUGCUCAGCUCUACCUGCCUCUCAUCCCCAUCGUCAUGGAGACGUUGCAUCAGCUCCACGACUUCUGUGACUCCUCGCCUGCUUGGGCCCGCCAUACUUCAGCCCACGCUGAUGAUGCUGACCCAGACAGUGGAAACACUAUCAGUCAGUCUGUUGCCAUGGCGAUCGCUGGCUCCCCCUUACCGCAUGCCAAAGCCAACCCAUUUGCACUGCCCUCUGUGGCUGGGCGCCCGUCCAGCUCUCUGUCUGCUGAGUGCAGCAGGACCCUGCUGGUGUGUUUCCUGUGGGUGCUGAAGAAUGCAGAUGCAGCUCUGCUGGAGCGCUGGGUGUCUGAUCUGUCCGUCCUUCAAAUCAACCGCUUGCUGGACCUGCUACAUCUCUGUGUCUCCUGCUUUGAAUACAAGGGGAAGAAAACUCUGGAGAGGAUCAACAGCCUGACAUUUAAAAAGUCUCAGGACAUGAAGGCCAGACUGGAGGAGGCUAUUCUGGGCACCAUCGGAGCCCGUCAGGAGAUGGUCCGCCAGAGGAGUCCUUAUGGCAGCCAGGAGAAUGUCAGAUGGAGAAAGAAUGUCAGUCACUGGAAGCAAAAUACAGACAGAGUUGACAAAACUAAGGCUGAGGUGGAGCAGGAGUCUGUCGUGGACGGUAACCUUGCCACUGAGGCCUCUCUGAUAGUACUGGACACAUUGGAAAUCAUUGUAAAGACUGUGGUGGCGUCUGAACUGAAGGAGAGCGUUCUCGGUGGGGUGCUGCGAGUGCUUCUCCACAGCAUGGCGGGCAACCAGAGCGCCCUCUUUCUGCAGCAUUGCUUCACUACACAGAGAGCGCUCGUUUACAAGUUCCCAGAGAUGCUGUUUGAAGAGGACACUGAGCUUUGUGCAGACCUGUGUCUGCGCCUCCUGCGACACUGCAGCAGCAGCGUUGGUUCUGUCAGAAGCCACGCAUCAGCAUCUCUUUACCUGCUCAUGAGGCAAAACUUUGAGAUUGGAAAUAACUUUGCCCGAGUGAAAAUGCAGGUCACGAUGUCUCUGUCCUCGCUGGUUGGAACGUCGCAGAACUUCAAUGAAGAACAUCUUCGCAGGUCAUUAAAGACAAUCUUGACCUAUGCUGAGGAAGAUGUAGAGCUGCGUGACACACCUUUUCCAGAGCAGGUCCAGGAUCUGGUCUUCAACCUGCACAUGAUUCUUACCGACACAGUGAAAAUGAAAGAGCAUCAACAGGAUCCUGAAAUGCUCAUUGACCUCAUGUACAGGAUUGCCAAGGGAUACCAGAACUCUCCUGACCUGCGUCUGACAUGGCUGCAGAACAUGGCAGGAAAACACUCUGAGAGAGGAAACCACGCUGAGGCGGCUCACUGUCUGGUCCACAGCGCGGCGCUGGUGGCAGAGUACCUCAACAUGCUGGAGGACUGCCGCUACCUGCCCAUUGGCUGCAAUAUUUCAUCCAACGUAUUAGAGGAGUCGGCUGUGUCCGACGAUGUCUUGUCCCCGGAGGAGGAAGGCAUAUGUGCUGGGAAGUAUUUCAGCGAGUCAGGCCUGGUGGGCCUCCUGGAGCAAGCAGCUGCCUCUUUUAACAUGGCUGCUAUGUAUGAGGCCAUAAAUGAAGUGUACAAGAUACUCCUGCCCAUCCAUGAAGCUAACAGAGACUUCAAAAAGCUGUCUACAGUCCAUGGGAAGCUGCAGGAUGCCUUCAACAAAGUCUACAACCAAAGUUCAGGAUGGGAGAGAAUGUUUGGAACCUACUUCCGAGUUGGUUUCUACGGUUGCCAGUUUGGAGAUUUGGAUGAACAAGAGUUUGAGUUCUACUCAGUCAAGUUUGGGGACGAUGUGGUUGAAAUUAUCAAGGACUCCAACCCAGUGGACAAAAGCAAACUGGAUCCCAAUAAGGUGAUGCGACGUGUGCGUUUGUGUCGGCCCCCGCAGAUUUCAAGGCUUCCGGCCAUACUGAUGACAGUUCUGUUUCAGGCCUACCUCCAAAUCACCUACGUCGAGCCUUACUUUGACACAUACGAGCUGAAAGAAAGAGUCACCUACUUUGACAAGAACUACAACCUGCGGACGUUCAUGUACUGCACUCCCUUCACUCUGGAUGGCCAUGCCCACGGUGACCUGCACGAGCAGUACAAGCGUAAAACCAUCCUGACCACGUCUCACGCCUUCCCCUACAUAAAGACGCGCAUCAACGUCAUCCACAAAGAAGAGAUUAUUCUCGUCCCCAUGGAGGUGGCAAUUGAGGACAUGCAGAAGAAGACCCGGGAGCUCGCCUUCGCCACCAACCAAGACCCCGCCGACCCCAAGAUGCUGCAGAUGGUGCUGCAGGGCUCUGUCGGAACAACAGUCAACCAGGGCCCCCUCGAAGUGGCGCAGGUCUUUCUCUCCGACAUUCCGGAUGACCCAAAGCUGUUUCGCCAUCACAACAAACUACGCCUUUGCUUUAAAGACUUCACUAAGAGGUGUGAGGAUGCCCUGAGGAAGAAUAAGUCCCUGAUUGGGCCAGAUCAGAAGGAAUACCACAGAGAGAUGGAGAGGAACUACAUUAAACUGAAAGACGCCCUGGGUCCUCUCAUCAACCGCAAAAUCCCCCAGCUGUACAGAACCCUGCCAGCUCAGACGAUUCAAACACAACGGAACUCCUUCAGUCGGUCCAGUCUCCGCAAAGUGGACUGUUGAGCUGCACAAUACUGGAAGAGAGCACAGAUCAGUGGACUUUAGAAAUUAGCACCAUCUCAUCCCGUCUGUUCCCCUCCCCCCCUUACACUGCACACCAACUGUCAGACACACACCAUCCUCAUCCUCAUCUUGCUCUUUAUUUUACCCACUCCAUCUGCCCGGCCACCCAGUCAUGACUUAACCCCCCCCCAAAAUGCACCACACACACGCAAACAAACAAACACACACACACA